GCUCUGGCUUCAGUAUUCGAGUGCAAUCAAUGAAAACUGUUCGCAUUCAUUAAACUUAGCAGAUUUUUCAAUUCAAUUUUUCUCAACAAUCAAAGUGAUUGUAACAAAUUUGGCAAAAUGUUAUCAAUUAAAUCGAUGUGAAGUGAAUGUCACACAAAAAUGAUUCAUUGAGGCAGAAUGCGAGCAUUCAACUAGAGCCGUUCUUCGAAUGCUGAUAACAAGAUAAUUAUAGCAUUGAAGCUGAAGAUAUAACUUAAAGUCGAGAAUAGGUAGGCGAAUUUGUUUGUGUCGUCAGCUCUAUUCAAUCGACAAAAAGUGAAAGAAGAAAGAGAAGGAGGAGAAGGAAGAGAAGGUGAGGUACUAAGAACGUUUCACACACAACCUUCACCAUGAAUAUUAUGCGAAAAUUGCGCAGUGGCACGAGCCAAACACCUGCCACUAGUACAGCCAGCAAUGACAGCCCAGCCGAUUCCAUUGAGACACCCGAUUCGCCACACACACAACUCAGUUUGCAGCAUUUGAAGAAACUUUUCAAUGAGUACACACAUCCGAAAGAGGUGCUUAACGAAGCAGAACGCGACUUCAAAUUAUACAAUAUGCUGCCGCUGUUUUGCAAGGUGUUUGGAACGACACAUGCCAGCGAUAUGAGUGAAAAAUUCUGGGACAUUUUACCAUUUUGUCAGCAAGUAUCACGGUUGAUGGUGUCCGAAAUACGGAAACGUGCAUCAAAUCAAAGUACUGAAGCGGCAUCGAUAGCGAUUGUAAAGUUUUUGGAAAUCGAUAAUUGUGAGGAGUCAAGCAAUGGAUGGAUGUUGCUCACAACAUUGAAUCUAUUGGCAGCUGGUGAUUCAUCAUUGAUUCAAACCAUGACAUCGGCCUCGGUCCCAUCGACCUUAGUCAAAUGUUUGUAUUUAUUUUUCGAUUUACCUGAAAUUCCUGAAGCCGAUGCGGACAGAGAAGAUGGCAGUGAUUUUACGCAGCGUGAACGUCGAAUUUUGUUGCAGAAAAUUUUCGUGCAACUUUUGGUUCGAUUGUGUUCAUACCCGUAUCCAGCUGAAGAGCUAGCGCGCAUGGAUGAUUUAACGUUGCUAUUCUCGGCGAUAACAUCACAAUGCGUUCCACAGAAUGUGAUUUGGCGAAAGUCGGCCGCCGAAGUGCUAACAACACUCUCGCGGCAUGGUUUGUCCGAGCCCGUUGUCAACUACAUUCAUUCGAAGGGCUGUGUAGCGUUGUGCAUUGAAAAUAUGCAACGUGCACCACAGUUGCAGCCACUUGAGAUCGUCGAAAUGUUCGUAGCCGUGUUUUGUUUUCUCAAAGACUCCAGUGAAGUGUCUCAAGUGCUGUUGGAUGACUUUCGUAGUAGUCAAGGGUAUAUUUUCCUUGCGGAUUUUCUGCUGAAAUUGGAGGCUGAACGAUCCAAAAAUAGUGAUGCAAAUGCAGCGAUACGGAAUCUUGUGCUAAUGAUUGCAUCGUUGUGCAUGUGCGGUUACACCGAGUUACGGCCUAAUCAAAGCCAAUCGAAUCCACUGUUCCAGAUUCAGGGCUUUCAAAUGCCACAAACAUCGUCGCGCGGUUCAUCCGUACGGAAUAUACAUGCAUUUCAAGUGAUGCAAACGGUUUUCCUUAAAUCCAACUCCAGCUCGUUGUGCUGCACGAUAAUUGAUGCCAUUUCCAGUGUUUACCAUUCCGACAACGCCAAUUAUUUUAUACUUGAACCGCAGAACACACUCAGUCAAUUCAUCGAAAAGAUUCAUUUGAAAAGUCACAUCGUUCAAGAGAAAUGCUUUGAGCUGCUCGAGUUUAUCGUGUUUCAAUUGCAUUUUGUACCAUGCAAAGAGCUCAUAUCACUGUCCAUUCUAAUCAAAGGCUAUCAAUCAAUUAGCUGUAACACGCUAUGCAUACGUACACUACUGAAUAUUCUAAGACACAAUAGCAUAUUUAAAGACGUCUAUCGGGAGGUGGGUAUUUUGGAAGUGUUUGUCGGAUGCUUAAUGAAAUAUUCCGAGUUUCUAGAAAAACAUGUGAACGUUGAAUCGGACCCCUACGAUUUGGAGCUAACAAAUGAGGAGGAUAUUGAAAAUGAUCCGAAUGAAGUGUUUGGGAAGCUGGUGAUUGAAUCGUUGGGAAUUUUAUUGAAUGGCAAUAACAACAAUGCAAAAGUAUUUCGAGAGAGUGGCGGCGCAAAGUGUAUUCACGAAAUGAUUAAAUUCAAGCACAAUCGAAAUCACACACUCGGCAUUAUACGAGAGCUUGUACUGUCGGCUAGCGGUGAUGAUGAUAUGACAUUUAUUCUGACAACAAUGCACUCAGCCCCUCCACAGAAUAUUGAACUGAAAAUGCAAAUUCUGAAAGCAUUGCUCAGUUGUUUGCGUGAUAGCCAUCGAACGAGAACCAUAUUCCGAAAAGUCGGCGGUUUUGUCUAUGUUACCAGUGUUUUCGUGUCGUUGGAUGGUAAAUUGGGCGAUGACAUGAAGGACGAUAGCAAACAAAUCAAAGAUAUUCUGCAUCUUCUACAUUUGGCCUGUCAAACUCUGUCGACGGCAAUGCGAUUCGAACCGGCCAACGCCAAAUUUUUCCAACAAGAAAUUUGUAACACUUCUCUGUGCAAUACGCUACGUUUGCUGGGCUGCUUCAGUUUAACAACCGAGCUGGGUGACAAACGGUGCUCCAGAGCCAACGAAAGUGCAAAACACUAUUUCCAUUCAUUAUUCAUGAGCAAUCCGUUGCAACCGGAAUUCGACAGCAAUUAUCCAGCGUCGCUGUCAUUUGCUACUCUAGUCUACCGCUUUUUGUAUGACAUCACAUUGGAUAAUUUCGAUAAGCCCAAUUUGUCGGGUCUUGCAUCGGUCACAGCAAGCAGUGCAUCUCAAUCACAACCACCGAGCCAACCGUCCAAAGAUCCAAGAAGCUCAGUUUCGUCAUUGAAUUUAACAACACCACAACCAGAGCCAAUGAUUGUGCAUCCAUCAGUGGUAAUUUGUAUGCUUCAGCUACUGCCAUCAAUUGAACACGAAACGGAAAACGACACAUCUUUAAGUCUGCAAAUGUAUCUGGCCGACGUGCUAAAGAGUUUGGUGCGAAGUGAACGCAAUCAGCAGGUUAUGUGUGAUGCAGGUUUGGCUGGUUAUUUGCUAAAAAUCGGUCGAAAGUCAUUGAGUGAGGAAGGAAAUGCACUGCACGAGCCAUUACAAUACAUUCUAGAACGUUUGGCUGCUCAAGCACUACAACCAACCGAAUUGCGAGAAUUUCUCCGCUUGGGCAUGCCUUUGUGCUGUGAAAGUCCUAAUUUCAUAAAACCGUAUAAAUCUGGCGGUCCAGUUCAAUUAACCAGAAUCAAAACUUUAGUGUCUAUGACAACACCGCGCGAUUUCCGAGCCCAUGCGUCAUGCACACUCCCACCGUUUGUCGAGAUGGAUAUGUCGAGUGAAGGAUUUGGCUGUCUAUAUUUACCGAGUAUCGCACCACAGGCCCCAUCAAUUGGCAGUAGUUUUGAUGGCUCUGUUAUCGGUGGAAUCGGUUCAGGAGAUCGAGUUUUCCCGCCACAAACUGGUCUGAGCUACACCAGCUGGUUUUGUGUUGACAAAUUCUCUGAUCCACGAACCGAUCCACAUUGUGUACGGCUGCUAACUUUGGUGCGUACUGUAAACAUUCCACGUGAAGAUAAUUUGGUGUGUUUGACUGUUUUGCUGUCAGCGCGCGACAAGGCGAUCAUCGUUUCGACACAAGAGACAUUGGUUCCACACAAUGUUGGCGAAUGGGAACCGGAGAGUGGCGGUGAUAGCAGUGCCCGCAUUUGGUGCCCCGAUUUAUUGCACGAAGGACAAUGGCAUCAUUUGGUGAUUGUCCUGAAUCGAGCCGUUUUGAAAAAUUCCAGUUUUUCAUUAUUUUUGGAUGGUCAUCACAUGCAUACUCAAAAACUACAUUACAUUUCACAAAAUCCGGGUGCAAGUUCUACGAAUCUCGCGGUUGCAAGUUCUGUGUUCGGUUUAAUCGGCACACCGCCCGAUUAUAGACGCCAAUCGCGUUUAUGCUGGAAACAAGGUGUCUGCCACCUCAUUGAAGACAUUAUCACUCCGCAAGUGGUCUCGACGAUAUAUGCAUUGGGGCCACAUUACAUGGGUUCAUUGCAAGCGCCACAGCUCGGAAAGCAAAGUGAACCCAUGAACCCACUGGUGGCCGAAGAACGUGUCAUGUUUGGAUUGAAUGCCAAGGCAAUGUCACAUCUAACAUUGGCCAAGAUUCGAAAAGUCUAUAGUCGUGCUGAUAACAAAGCAAUCGCGAAGCAGUUGGGAAUGAGCUCACAUGAGAAUGCAACUCCAAUCCGAAUACUGCACAAUUCGGCUGGACACUUAGCUGGCUCUGCUCGUACUCUGGGUGGUGUUGUUGUCGGUUACUUGGGAGUACGUGUAUUCAGUCCGCAUCCAGUUUCAAAAAUGAUUGACACCGUUGGUGGAUGCAAUAUCCUAUUGGGAAUUAUUGCAAUGGCACAAGACGUUGAAAGUCUUUAUGCCGGUGUUAAAGCGUUGACGUGUGUGGUGCGCAGUAAUCGAGCCGCUCAAAGUGAAAUGGAUCGAAAGAGAAGCUACCAAACCCUUGCGAUGUUCUUUAAAAAGAAGCGAAAUUUACUCAAUUCACACAUUCUUCAUCUGACAUUUAGCCUGGUCGGAACGGUGAAUAGCGGCCAGGAAUCCUCUGCCAUUCCAAAUAUUACGGCAUUCCAAGAUCUGUUGUGUGACCUAGAGAUUUGGCAUGGUGCACCAAAUGAUUUGCUGAGAUCCCUUCUUGAGCAUUUAUUGGAGUUGAGCUCUGAAUCGAGCGAAAAACGUUCAAAUAUUCGAAUAAUGCGUGAUCUGCAACUGGUUACCAAACUGCUUCAUGUAAUACCUGAUAUUUAUGAUCCGAAUACUUCGGAAAUUGUCUACUCAUUGCUUUCAGUUCUAUUGGGCAGUCAACCUAGGCAUUUGGAUCUUCUCUUUUUCGGACAGUACAUCGCUGCUAAAAUACCAUUGAGCACAGCAAGCAGUGAGAAACAAUUGAAGUUUAACCCAGAUCAAAAAGAUAUUGAUGCAGCUAUAAAGGAUGUACCAGAUCAGCAGCAAAGAGAUGCUAUCAAAAAUAUUCUUCUGCGUAAUCGUGGUAUACGUUUGCUGCACUCACUUUUAUUCACGUCGAGAAAUACCGUAAAUAAUCACUUGUGCGAUGAUAUCUCCCGAAUUCUUGGCCUAGAUUGGUUACUACUUUUGCUGCAGCCACAAAUUCAUGCAUCAACAGUGAUUUUGGGCAUGCGAAUAUUGGUUGUUGUAUGUGCAAAUGAGACCAUAAUCGGACGAUUCCGUGAGGGUAUGCAAAACGGUGGCUACAUGAAGUUCACCGAGCAGGUGUCACAAAGUGGUGGUCUGGUGUUUACUUCGCAAAUCAGUCCACAGCCGGCAUCGAGUGGAUCGAUUGUACAAGUGCAGCCGGGUUGUCAGUUGCCGGCCCAAAUCGCAAGUGAAGUGAAGACGGCUGUGUUGCGAAUUCCUGGUUUUCAAUAUUUGGAAUGGCUUCUACCCCAUCACUUGGUAGUACCAGAACUUUAUUUCCUGCUAACGGCUUUGAUUAUGGGUCAACCGGUGAAAGUGCUCGGCACCGAUCAUACAAAAUUGGAUUUAGAUCGAGUUUGGGCGUUCUUAUGGGGUUCAUCGGUAUUGCAAUCACCAUCGCCCAAGGUGCAUCUAUGCCCAGAAGGUGUGUGCGUCUUGCUGAGCAUGAUUCGACAAAUUGUACACGAUUGUGAUUAUCAAUUGGAUUGGCUCAUUUCGCAUCCGGUCACCAUAAUCCAUGUGCUAUUUUCCAUUUAUCACAAUCUCCCGGAUUUCAUGUCCGUUAUGAUGAUGGGCGAUGUAAUCAGUUCAUUGACAGCGGUGCUAUUUCCAAUUGUCAACAAAGAAGGAAAUAAUUCCGAGCAAAACAGUAAUGCAUCAACGCCAAACGAUGACGGUGUCGUCAUCAAUUCCCCGCGAAUGAUUGAAGCUCAGCUAACAGAGAGCUCUGUGCGAAAAUUCGUUAUUGAUUUUCUGCGUGUAAUCGUCGUUGAUUCACUAUCACUGGCAUCAACGAAUGGAAAAACGCCUCCGGUUACCGAUUUGGUUUUGGAUGCAUCGCCUGAAAAUAGCGAUUCAACGCAUCAAAUUUCAUAUCAAACGGAAAUAAUCACCGCACUCAUGGAUCAUUUAUUGGCCGCUGAUGUUCUAGUUGGCGAACAGGCUGCAUUGCCAAUUGUUCCAUUGCUACAAAGUCAUGUACAAAACAUUGCGCCGAAUGUCUUUUACUUAACGGCACGCAUCGUCGAUAAAAUGUGGCAAGGACAAUUGCAAAAAGAUCCCCAUGAAAUUUUCGAUUUCAUCAUAAAAUUAAUUGGCCAGGCGAAGCGGCGUUCGUCAUCACUGUCACUCGAACAACUUCAUCAUUCACUGAAUCGCAUUAUUCUGUACCUUUUGUCGCGUCCUACUGAAACAGUGACCGAACAAACGGCUGUCUUGGAAACACUUCACAAAUUGACCACACAUCGCCUGCUAAUCUUUGGGGCUGGCAACCAUGAACUUGAAUUUAUCGGGUGUUUGACCUACUGUCUACUGCAAUUGACUGGUGAUUUCAAGAUUGAAUUGGAUCCAAAUUCAGCAAAUCGUAGCACCAAAUGGCAUGUUAGUCCAACAAAGGAAGAGGUUGAGUCGCGGGAUCAUCUUUUGAAUCAGCAUCAAGGUAAAAAUUUAAUUGUUGGCGCCGCCCACCGUGUAUGGGAAGAGUUGUAUGUUUGCAAGAAGCCAGCUAUAGAAGAGGUAUUCAAAAUAUCAUUAACUACACCACCGAGCAAUGCAAAAGCUCCCACGUUGUCUGCGACACGAGAACAAGUCAUUGAUGCAGCUAGCAAACUUUGGUACAACUACGUUGAUAUGGAACGGAAAGCAACCUAUCGAGUUCCAUGGGAGUUCCACAAAGAAAUUCAGUCGAAAAUUCAAAAGGUCACCGGUGGUCUAACACGUUUGGCCAGCCGGACAAAAGUUAAAAAAGAUGAGUAUGUGAGGACGAAAUCACAGAUUCUUAAGAGCCAGGCAAUCGAAUGGACUGAUAUCAAUGUGGGGCUGGUGAAAGAUUUGUGCGAUCAACGAUAUGUACAGCAUGUGAAUAUGACACAGCAUACGCUACGAUAUGUUUGUCAAGAUUGGCUACAGUCAGAACGUGAACUGAUUCGAGAACGUGGCCUAUGGGGUCCGAUAAAGAGAAAUUACUUGGACAAAUGGGUGUUGGAUUCAACCGAAGGACCGCAUCGAAUGCGAAAGAAGACCAUGCGCAACGAUCAAUUCUAUUCACAAUACAUCUACCGGCCGGAAUUGGAAGAUCCAGAAAAUAGGCAACUAAAAUACAAAGUGGCCACCAGUUUCGAUAGUAAGCCGUUCUUCAAGUUCUGUCAAUUGCCACCGAGAGUGCUAUGCGAAGAUGUGGCUACGUUUGAUUUACAAAAAUCCGAUAAAGCACAGUGUGCUUCACCGACACAGAGUCCCAGUGAACAAUUGCCAACAUUGGCACGUGCUCAAAGUGAACCAGGCGGAGAGGAGGCAGAAAAUGAAGGCGAAGAAGAAGUGUCGUUAAUUUCAGACAAUCAAACACUAUUGCGAAUGCUUGAAGAACAAGAGAAAAUUUCGCACAUGUUUCGCUGUGCUCGCAUUCAAGGGUUGGACACUUAUGAGGGUCUGUUGUUAUUCGGGAAAGAGUAUUGUUAUGUUAUCGAUGGAUUUACAUUGAUUAAGAAUCGCGAAAUUCGGGACAUUGAUUCAUUGCCAUCUGGAGCGUAUGAUCCGAUUUUGCCCAGUCCAAAUAGCCCCAGACGUUCACCACAAACGGUGCGUCAAUGCUCGAAAUUUUCGUACGAAGACAUUCGUGAAGUUCAUAAACGGCGAUAUUUGCUCCAGCCAAUCGCUUUGGAAGUAUUCUCUGGUGAUGGUCGCAAUUAUUUGCUAGCGUUCCCACGUAAGGUUCGAAACAAGGUCUACCAAAGAUUCAUGGCGCUGGCAACGGCAAUCGCAGACAAUGCUCAGCAAUCGGUGGCGGGUCAAAAACGAAACGCAAGCGUUGAACAAACAUCGGGAAUAUUCAGCAGUUUGAUUGGUGAAACUUCCGUUACACAAAGAUGGGUGCGCGGCGAAAUAAGUAACUUUCAAUACUUGAUGCAUUUAAAUACAUUGGCCGGACGGUCGUACAAUGAUCUCAUGCAAUAUCCCGUAUUCCCCUGGAUUUUGGCUGAUUACGAUAGUGAAGAGUUGGAUCUGAACAGUCCGAAAACAUUCCGUAACUUUGCAAAGCCAAUGGGUGCUCAGAGUCCAGAACGAUUGGAACAAUUCCAAAAACGCUUUAAAGAAUGGGACGAUCCACAUGGCGAAACACCACCAUAUCAUUACGGCACUCAUUAUUCAUCAGCUAUGAUUGUAUGCUCAUAUCUCGUUCGCAUGGAACCAUUCACACAGCAUUUCCUACGUUUGCAAGGCGGUCACUUCGAUUUGGCCGAUCGAAUGUUUCACAGCGUGAAAGAGGCAUGGUUAUCUGCAUCCAAAUUCAAUAUGGCUGAUGUUAAGGAAUUAAUCCCGGAAUUCUUCUAUUUGCCGGAGUUUUUGUCAAAUUCUAACAAUUUUGAUUUAGGUACAAAGCAAAAUGGUGACACAUUGAAUCACGUAGUUCUGCCACAUUGGGCUAAACAAGAUGUUCGUGAAUUUAUACGUGUGCAUCGUCAAGCACUCGAGUGUGACUAUGUCAGUCAGAACUUGCAUGCAUGGAUCGAUUUGAUAUUUGGUUGCAAACAACAAGGAAAUGCAGCAGUUGAUGCGACCAAUGUGUUCCAUCAUUUGUUCUAUGAAGGCAAUGUUGAUAUAUACAACAUUGAUGACCCUUUGAAGAAGAAUGCCACAAUUGGGUUUAUAAAUAAUUUUGGACAAAUUCCAAAGCAAUUGUUCAAAAAGCCGCAUCCAUGUAAGAAAAUGUCAUCGAGUCGCACAUCCAUCAUCGACGCAAACCCAUUAUUAUCAUCGACUGUUGCACAAAAUGACAAACUAUUCUUCAAUAACUUGGAUAGUUUGAAACCGAGUCUGCAACCGAUCAAAGAGUUAAAAGGACCCGUUGGACAGAUUAUUCAUCCGGAUAAAACCGUUUUGGCUGUGGAACAAAACAAAGUGCUGAUGGCACCGACAUUUUCACGCUACAUUGCAUGGGGGUUUGCUGACCAUUCACUUCGAAUUGGCAUGUACGAUUCAGACCGUGCAUUGUUUGUAUGUGAAGCAUCUGCUCAAAAUUCCGGUGAAAUAUUGGCAUGUGCAUGCCCGAAUGCGAGAACAAUCGUAACAGCUGGCACAAGUUCCGUUGUUACUGUGUGGGAGUUUGAUAGUCGCCGAAAGUCGUUGACAGUUAAGCAUUCUUUGCAUGGUCACAUUGAUGCGGUCACAUGUUUAGCGGCUAGCACACCUUACAACAUGAUUGUAUCGGGUUCAAGAGAUGGGACGGCAAUCGUGUGGGACAUGUCCAGAUUCACAUUUGUCCGGCAGUUGAGCGAUCAUGUUGGACUUGUGGCGGCUGUUAGUAUCAACGAUCUAACAGGUGACAUUGCAACUUGCUCAGCGACAUGGCUUCACAUUUGGUCUGUCAACGGCGAUCCACUGGCGACAGUCAACACAAGCAUUGGCAGUGCUGAUCGAAUGCAGCAAAUAUUGUGUGUAACAUUUUCUACAGCACGCGAAUGGGAUCAACAAAAUGUCAUAAUCACCGGAUCCACUGAUGGCGUCGUUCGCUGUUGGAGCAUUGAAUACGUACAAAAACCGAUUGAGAAAGAGGAGUCGAACGAAACAAUUGAAUCGGAAGACAACGACAAUAAUGACAGCUCCGAUAAUAAAUCGUCGUUUGAUGAAAAUACGACGAUGAACACAUCUGUAGAAAUAACUAAAGUCGAUUUGAUUAAGCAAAUUAGUAUCACGCAAAAAGAAACUCUAGCGAAAUCUGAUUCCGAAAGUAGUAUAUCCGAAGCGUGCGAUCAUACCAAGAAUGCUCAACCAGAAGCAGUUGAACCAACCGAUAGAGAUGAUGCAACAAAAACAAUGCGAAAAGAGAUUCUAGAGAUACCCAUAGCAAGUAUGAGCAAACGUGGCAGUUUGACCAGUGCAAAAUCGUUACACGAGUUAAAACGAGAGCCAUUGCCUGACGAACCAUCUGGAAAUCAAGAUCCAAAGGCUGAUAAUGAAUCAAAGACUACUGGCGAUGAAGCAUUCAGCAUUUCCAAGGGCAUUCGACCGAGUAAAUCAGAAACCAGUAUCAUUGACUCGUUUGUGGUGGUCGAGAAUGAAUAUGCGAGACGGAAAAAUAACGCAAACGCUCUGCGUGAAGGCUUUAUGUGGCAUCGUCAAUUAGUGUUUCGAUCAAAACUCACAAUGCACACUGCGUAUGAUCGCAAAGACAAUACUGAACCAGCUAGUAUAACCGCAUUGGCCGUGUCAAAAGAUCAUAAAACCUUAUACGUGGGCGAUGCUAGAGGUCGAGUGUUCUCGUGGAGUGUAACAGAGCAACCGAAUCGUGGAAUGGCAGACCAUUGGCUGAAAGAUGAAGGCGCUGAUCAGUGUGUAGGCUGUCACGUCAGAUUCUCGUUAUACGAACGAAAACAUCAUUGCAGAAAUUGCGGUAUGGUCUUUUGUAAUAAAUGUAGCCGCUUUGAAUCGGAAAUAUCACGUUUGCGGAUUCUGAAGCCUGUUCGUGUUUGCCAAACCUGCUAUGCAGCGCUGAGACAAAAUUCAGUCGAUUCACAAUAAAUACAAAAAGUCCAGAGAUUGAAGUGCACUCGGAGAAAAAAGCAAGAACAACAAAAACACCAUCCUAUUGACAUACAAAUCAUUAAGAUUACGAAUCCAUAUAUAUUUAGAGGAUCAAAUGUAACAAUGUAUACAUCUAUAGAUUAGACGAUUAGAGCCACAGUUCGUGUAAAAAAACAACAACAAACAAACUUAUAUUUUAGUGGAAUGCAAUGCAAUAAUUUAUAAUCCGUUGUAUUGAGAAAUGAGAUCUAUAUCAAAUAAAAUAUUUAUUUUUUAGUAGGAAAAUAAGAACCCACAAUAAUCGAUCGAUUGUGUUCUCAAUGAAACAAUAUCUCUGUUUCCGAGAGUGAGAAAGCUUGCGCUAUUCCCAUCUCAUUGAUGAUGAUCUGUGAACAAAAUGGAAAUAAUGUAUUUUGUGAAAAACUGUUUUUUUUAUCAUUUUACUUUUGUAUUUUUUGACUUUACUGUUAUUUUGAGUGUUUUUAAUUAAGAUUUUAGUUUGACGUGAUAUGCAAAACAAAAAAUGAAAUUCGAUUAUUUAUUUGCUAUUUUUAAAAUGCUUUGAUUGUUUUUAUUUUAUACACACAUUAAUGUUGACUAAAAAAAAUGAAGCAGAGCCAUCUCAAAUCGAAAUAGAAGCAGAACAAUGAGCUACAUUAUUUGUAUUAGUAAUAGAAUUUGAAAAUCUCUCCUAGAUUCAAAUUCAAUGACUAGAUCUGAAACGAAAAUCGAAAAUACAAUUUCGUUUUCCCAUGUAAAUCUGUUUAUCAGUAUGGGUAAGUUGCGCAUGUAUUGUAAUAGCGUAUAAUUGUUGUAGUAGAAUUCAAUUUUGUUUGAAAAAAAAAAACGUGUUUGUAGCUAAAUUGUGAACAACAACCAAAACCAAUAUUUACAAAUGAAUGUAUCAAGCAAUGAGUAUUAAAAAACAAACCAAAGACACAAUAAACGCCCCAAGUGACAUUUAAAA